AUGGACGGACACAGGUCCGGUCCCUCCUCGAGGCAGCGAAGGAUCUUCAUUCAGUCACCCAGCUCACCGUCUGGUCCGCACGCGCGAGACACCAGGUCACCGUCGCAAACGCGGACGCGACCCCCACCACACCUCGACGGACCGCGUCCACAAACGGCUCCAGACGGCCAGCCAGGGUCACAUUAUCCAACAAGUCAGCUUAGUCAGAGCCGUCGACGGCCACCCCGCCCAUCCACUGCUGCAACCCCUCCAGGAGCGGACAGAAUGGCAUUUGUGGAUAGUAGCAUCGCAGAAUACGCGAACGCGAACGCGUCGCUGGGUCACAGGCGAGGACGAAGCCACGACGCGGUCCCCUUGGAUAUGCAGAGCGGUUACCAGGACAAAGGCAAAACUCCAGCACUACGCCUCGAAACCGACGUACCCUCAAUCGCUAUCCGGUCAGUGGAAAUAGAAAGAAAGGUCAGCAACACCCGAGACUCGAUCUUGACGCAAGGGUCUACCGAGUCGUCCAUCUACCCUGCCAGCACUCCUACGGAUACGGACAUGACGACCACCGCUCCACCUUCUCCCCUUUCCCCUCUUUCCCCUGUCCGACCAAACCAUGCGCUCAAUGUCAGCCUCGGUCAAUUGCAUCAGUCAAGGCUACACGACUUCAAUGCGGAUGAUGUUUCUUAUCGACUCCGUCUCAUGGUCAAGAACAACUAUUUCUUGCCACCUAUGCACACUAAGCCAUUCUCUUACGAUAUUUCUACUCCUAUCACCUCUACCAAAAAGUCUCCAGUGCCUUCCUUUCUAGACUUUUUACGUCCCGGAAAGAGUCGUGCCGCACCACCGACACCGCCUGCAGAGCGUACCGAGCGUACCUUGGUCGAUCCAAUGGACCAGUCGCCGCGUAGCAGCUACUUUCCUCCCGAAAACCUCAGACCGCAGACCAACUCUGCCGCCUUGGGAUGCCAGAAUCGAGUUUCGAGAGUGGUUGUGGUGCGAGAAAGGAUGGAGGAUCUGCCCGGCGCGUCGAAGAAGGCGGAAAGGGAACUGAAAGCACAAAGCUUCGCCCCUCGUGUCAAAGAAUUCGAAGCGGGAUAUUUGGGUGGCCGACAGGAAGCAUUCACCGGAAUCAUCGAUCCCACUGAUGCUGUGGACAUGCCCCUUCCUACUUCGGAUUACCCCUUUGCAAUCCAGGCAUCUGAGCACCACGGUCUUGGAGUGGCGGAUUCCCUGGGAGCUGCGGUGCUCGCCGACCAUUUGCCCCCUCCUUUGAGCCCCGGCCAAUCGUCGGUCGAUUCCAAAGAGCACGCCUGGAGGAAAGACAUACUUUCUGCAGCUGUGGGCUAUUCGCUUAGCAACUCUGUCGCGUCCAGCUCAUCCGUGGCAUCUGCAUCGGUUUCCGGAUCGCCGGUACCAUCACCAGCUCCCAGAUCAUCAUCGUCAUCAGUGCCAAAGGAACACCGCGUGCCCCAGGCGCUGAAACUCGAUAAAAGGAUCCUCUCUCCGCCUCCACGGCUGGACUCUCUGGAAUCCCAGGGUUUACCAAGUUCAAGUCCGGGGAGCCCGCCUUCGAGUGGGCAAGCGAAUAGGCCCCGGUUGACUUUGCAAGCGCCCGUGAAAGCCGAGAUACCUUAUCUACGGUCAGAAACCCCUGUCCCGCAUACACCUCUGUCCCCGCGGCCAAACAAGCAUCCGAAGUCACUACAUUCAAUGUCACAUAGCGAUCUGCAUUCCUCGCAGAAGUCAGAAACUUCGCGAUCGGGGGCCCUCCGCAAGUCCGCGUCGUCGCCCCUUCUUACGGAGCCGGCCGACGCCUUCCGCGGACCCGGGGCGCUUACCCCUUCACCGCCGCCACUGCCGCCCGCCCUCUCCCUUUCUCCCGCACCAGGACCUUCUUCGCGCUACUCCCGGGAAAGUCGCGCGAGCACCGCGUCAUCCUCAACCACCAAAAGCUUCCGAAGUAGACUCGCAUCCUUUGAGGUGGAUCCAACACGGCGCACUUCAGCAGCAACGAUGGCGACCCACGAUAGGGCAUUGACGCCCGAGGAUACCCGCACACCGUCACCCACGGCAUCCGCCUUCCAGGACAGGGUCUCGGAGGUGUUUUACACCGCCCCCUCGGAGGCGUCCAUGACGGACCAAUUCGGCGAGGCAGCCAGGAGUCAGUCAAGAGCCUCAUCGUCCUCGCGAGUUACCCGUCCACCUCGAUCCUCGUCGCGUCGCACACCCGCUAACCUCCACCCUCCACCGCAACCGUCCCCAUACCUCCACUCUCCUUCCACCAAAUCGCGCUCGUCUUCAAUCACUUCGAGAAGCUCGUCCACCUCAGGUCAUCAUCGAAAUCGUCAUGGUACCAUUCGGGCGGAUGAUAUUCAGGGGCUAGAGUUUCUGGAAGAGGCGUCCAGCGUGCGUAAACCAUCCUUCCUCGACAUGAGCGCUGUCAGCCACCACUCUGGCGUCCACGUUGCCCCUCCACCCGCCUCGCCCGCCGACUUCUUCGACCACAUCGAGAACAACGCCCUUGACGACGACGAGUCCGAGAGCGACACAGAGACCGGCCCGUCUGCCAUGCCCUCCUUCUCCACCUCGUUUAUAGCGCCCAGCCAGCCCUACCUAGGCGUGUUCUACAACUCCUCCCCAGAUGUCUCCAUGGGAGGCUCAAGUUUGGGUGGUUACCAUAGCGGCGGUGGCGGCGGCCGAUCGAGGUUCUACUCCUCGUCGUCACACUCUAAACCCAACAUCCCGGCGGAGCGCCGGACGCCAGUGGGCAACACGCCGAACAAGGGCAAGUUCUUCUCGUCCAAGACGAAGCUGUCGCCGAGCUCGCUCGCGCCGCUCCAGCUCGCCAUGCUCUCGCGCGACCGCUUAUCGGAGGGCGACGAGCGGCUGCUCUCGCCCGGGGCGUCUGCGUCCGCGUCCGCUGCGAUCAACGCUGCCGUCGCUGACCAGCGAGGGACGGGCGCCGGUCCGAGUCGGGGAUCGUACGCGCCAGUGGGCGGAUAUGGGCCGAGCGCGGGGGUCGGGCCGUCAGCGGGCCCGGCGGUGGGGCCAGGGGCGGCCGCGGAGGAGAACGUGAAGAAAUGGCAGCGCGAGCAGCGGGCGGACGAGUCGUCGAGGAAGCUGGAUGAGCAAGUGCUCAAGUUCAUCGAGGGCGAUAAGGCGAGGAUGAAGGAGCUGGCGAUGAAGCAUAAAACGGACAAGGAGAGUCAGGGGAAGUCUCCGUUUGACGGGAUGCCCAGCCCCAGAAGCCAUGCUCCUGCUCCUGGAAAGGAGCAAUAG